AUGUCCUUCGUUGACGAUGACCUCCGAAGGAUCGACGCAGUUUUGGAUAGAUUCCAGCUGAGAGAGGCUGAGGAGAGAGCUGCAGCCGCUCCGGAUGUUGCACAAACAGCUCUCAGGAAACCGGAGGACGACCCGCGAAGUCACCAGCUUAAAGCCGUUGUCAGAGCCUUGUCUACCACCACCAGUUCGAAGCCAUUGUUACGGCGAUCCAGAGUCCGCUACCUUCUGUCUCAAAUCGUAAAGAAAGAGGAGGCCGAAACAACGACCGAAGCAACGACCGAUGUAGCUUCAUCCGAUGUAUCCGAUUUAGAAUGGGUCGCAACAGGCAAGGCAACAACGCAGGUCUACGGAAUAAUACUUAAUUCUCUACUCGAUCGGACCAUUCCACUGAGUGAAUCCAUUUGGUACUGGGACGAUCUACUGGAAUCACACGCAAAUAUUGCUCUUUACACCGUUCAGACCUCACCCAUGAGAUUCUGGGAUCAGGCGAAAGAGGUUUAUGCCGAUGCCCGCGAAAAAUUUUAUCAUGGAUCGGAUCUGAGAACUUCCGCUAGGCAAGCCACUGACACCCUGACGAACAGUUGGCGCGAGUUUUAUGGCUUGGUCCGAAGCAGUAUCCGAGAACGGUCUCUGGCCCAAGCACAGACAAAGAUACUAUCGCCGUUCUCAAUAGCUCGGAUGCAUGUUCGCCGAAAUCUGGACCACAUCAAAGAUUUGCGAAAGUCUAGCGCUGGAUCAAUUGGACGGCUAGUUCGUGAAUGCCUCGCCUUUGAUGUUGCUCCGGAAGACCGAAAACAUGGAGCCCUGCCUCAAUUGAUGCAAGAACAAGAGGAAGACUGGCAAACGACCAUUGCUAGAACUAUUUGCGUGCUGGACGACGCCAUGAGAGGGCAAAAUGACGAUGAUGUCGAAAUGCCCGAUCCAACGACAGCCUCCUCAGCAGAAAUGGCCGCGAUGCUGAUCAAAAUUCUCGACGAGAAUCUUCCACGGCAGGAACGGGAGGCCGAGUCCAUGAGAUUGAAAUAUGGCAAACCUUCUAGGCUCGUACGGUACUGGAUCCCCGCUCUGGGUCUCCUGUUGUCGGGAAGCACAUUGCUGAGGAUAUUUGUAAGUCGGAGGGCCGAAAUCGUUCAGUGGUUUCAGGAAUUAGGCCAGACGGUUAUCGAUUUUGGGGCCAACUGGGUGCUGGAGCCCACGCGGAAGUUGAUCGGCACCAUUCGACACGACGAGCAGAGUGAAAUCGCCAUACAAAGCCGUGACAGCCUGAAGGUUGACCGAGAGAGUCUUGAACGCAUGGUCGUUGACUUUGCCGUGCAGCAUCCUGAAAACGGGAUCCACUUCACCGAACACCAGGUCGCGGAAAUCAGAGCCAAGGUGAAAGAAGGGGACCUCACUCCGGUUUUGAAGGCGUACGAGCGAGAGAUGCAAAGCCCCAUCAAGAACGCUUUAAUGGGCGACCUAGUUCGGACGUUGCUCAUUCAGAUACAAAAGACCAAAGUCGACGUUGAAAUCGCGAUAGGUGGCAUUGAUUCUCUCCUCAAGAGUCAAGAGCUGCUCUUCGGUUUCGUCGGCAUUGCACCAGGUGUACUCAUCUCCUUCGCCCUCGUUCAGUGGCUCAGAGGUGUCUUCGGGGGUCGCAAGGGCCUUCGUCAGGGAAAGAGAAAGGGCGAAGCAAUUAGACUAAUCAGAAACAUCGACCGCACAUUAACCAACUCCGAUCUUGACGAGUACGGGAUCAUCUCAGAGGAAAACCAUGGACUUUUACUGUGUGAAGCACAUCUUCUGCGCCAACGAGCCGGACUCGUCCUGCCGAGGAACGUACAGCGAGAGUUCCUCGAAGAUCUAGAUGAUUUGUUGGAUGUCAAGGCUGGGGUGCACAGGCAAAUCAGUGUUCUGCGGCGCAUAGAAUGGGCUUAUGCGAAGUGGUUGCGAUAA